AUGAGUUUUUUACCUUUAAACAAAGCUGAUUCAAAGGAAGCUUUAAAUUUAUCUGAUAAAGGAAAAAUUCCCCAAGUUGAGAAAAAUGUUAAUGCAGCCAUUUUGCAAUCAGAUGAAUUAUUUCAAAUUGGUAAAUUUAAAGAAAGCUAUGACGUUUUAUUAGAAUAUCAGGACACAGAAAAUGUAGAGGUUUUAUGGAGGUUGAGUAGGGGAUUAUAUAACAUAACUAAACAGAAGACCACUGACAAGUCUACUAAGGCAACCUUGAUCAAAGAGGCAUUCGAACAUAUCGAUAAAGCUUUAAGAUUAGAUGACAAACACAAUGCAGUUCAUAAAUGGAUGGCUAUUUUGGUUGAUGCCAAAAGUUCUUUAGAAGGAAUAAAAUCAAGAAUAAAUACAUUGCCUACUUUCAAAAAGCAUUUAAUGACUGCAAUAGAAUUAAAUCCGAAAGAUGCUACUUCAAUGUACAUGUUAGGUUUAUACAUGUAUAACAUUGCCGAUAUGUCUUGGUUACAAGUAAAAAUAGCAAAAGCAUUAUUUGGUACUCCACCUGAAGCCUCAUUCGAAGAAGCAUUCCAAUAUUUUAGUAAAGCAGAAGAAGUAGAACCAAAUUUUUACAGCGCUAAUUUGUUAAUGCUAGGAAAAACUUGUUUGAAACUUAAAAGAUUAGAAACUGCUCAAUAUUGGUUGAAAUGUGCUACUUCAUAUCCUGUGAGAACAGAUGAAGAUGAAGCAGUAAGAUUAGAAGCAGAAGAUCUUUUAAAAAAAAAUCCUAUUGUUAUGAGUAAAUAA